CAAAGAUCGGCGGCUGCCCAGGCCUGGUGUGUGGUGGGGGGAGCGGGCAGCCAGCAGCUGACGGAGCUCGGACCGCAGACCAGACCACCAGACUCCAGGACAUGGCCCCGGACAGGGUCCCGCGGAGGGUGGGGGUGGUGGGCUACGGCCGUCUCGGACAGUCCCUGGUCUCCCACCUGCUGACUCAGGGGCCGGAACUGGGCCUAGAACUGGUUUUUGUCUGGAAUCGAGACCCGGGACGCCUGGUGGGGAAAGUGCCCCCGUCCCUGCAGCUGCAGAACCUCGCUGACCUUGGGGAGAGGCACCCCGACCUUGUGGUGGAAGUGGCCCAUCCCAAAAUAAUCCAGGAAUCUGGGGCACAGAUCCUGCGCCACGCCAACCUCCUGGUGGGGUCCCCCUCAGCGCUGGCUGACCAGGCCACAGAGCGGCAGCUCCUGGAGGCCUCCAAACGCUGGAACCACGCCGUGUUCGUGGCCCGGGGGGCCCUGUGGGGCACUGAGGACAUCAGCAGACUGGACGCGGCUGGGGGCCUCCAGAGCCUCCGUGUCACCAUGGCCACACAUCCCGAUGGCUUCCGGCUGGAGGGACCCCUGGCCGCCGCUCAGAGCACGGGGCCUCGCACUGUGCUCUACGAAGGCCCUGUGCGUGGGCUCUGCCCCUUUGCCCCCCGAAACUCCAACACCAUGGCGGCUGCCGCCCUGGCGGCCCCCAGCCUGGGGUUCGACCGCGUGAUCGGGGUGCUGGUGGCGGACCGCAGCCUCACGGACAUGCACGUGGUGGAUGUGGAGCUGAGCGGGCCCCCGGGCCCCACGGGACGACGCUUCGCUGUGCACACCCACCGGGAGAACCCCGCCGAGCCCGGCGCCGUCACGGGCUCUGCCACCGUCACCGCCUUCUGGCGCAGCCUCCUGGGCUGCAGCCAGCUCCCUUCCAGGCCCGGGAUCCACAUCUGCUGAGCCGUCUCCUCCCCAGGACAUCCUCGCCUCAUUACCUCCCCCCACCGCCCCUGCCGCCCCCGUGCAGCCGCUGCCCUGCCUCAGUUUCCCCGGACUCCCCCCUGUCUCAGUAAAGAUGCACAGCCUGGCUACCCUUCUGUGACGUCAC